UGUAUUGUGCGAAGUUUGCCGGAAAACAGACGUUCAUUUCACACUUUUUCCCCGAAAACUUUUUCCAUCUAAUUUUUGAAUAUUCCUCAAUGGCAACAACAAAUUUAUCAAAAUCUGUGUUAAAUUCGCCAGGUCAAAAUAAAAAUAACGAAGAUAAUACCUUGUCAUCGGUGAAAUCGUGCGCUAAAUUUGGUGAAACGGUUCAAGUGCAUUCCUCUCAAAGUUUACAAGAGUUACAUCAAAAUAGAUUAAAAUCACUACGCAAAGAACUUGAAUUUGUUAAAGAGAGCGAUUGGAAAUAUGAAAAUAUUGAUAAAUACAUCGGCCAAGUAAAUAAUUAAUGUUGCCACCCUUGUUCUCUGAGUGGGUGUGCGGCCAACUUCAUAUCAUUCAGUGAUUAACACGUUAAAGUUACGAAUUUUUAUUUAAACAAUUUUAAACGUAUAACAAAAAUGGCGAAAUUUGAUUUAACAUCACGUAUGGGACAGUAUUUGGAUAGGCAUUUAGUAUUCCCGCUGUUGGAGUUUCUAUCGGCGAAAGAAAUUUAUGAUGAAACCGAACUACUGAAAGCCAAGCUCGACAUUCUCAGCAAAACUAACAUGGUAGACUACGCUAUAGACAUCAGGCGGCAGUUGUAUCCCAAUGAGGAAGUACCAGAGGAAUUAAAGCAAAGGCGUGUGCAUGUCGUGGCCCAACUACAAGAACUGCAGCAGGAAGUUGAACCGAUUACAAAAGUGAUGGGCAACGAUGAAGUUAUGAAAACGAUGGAGAAUAUGAGGGAUUCAAAAACGCUCAUAAACUUCCUGUCGAAAGAUUAUAACUUCGAAAUUGAUAUGAUCGAAAGUCUACACAAACUAGCCAAGUAUCGUUAUGAGUGUGGAAAUUAUUCAGUGUCCACCUCCUACUUGUACUUCUGCAUGCUGGUACUUCCACCGAGCGACAAAAGCUACCUCAGUGUUCUCUGGGGCAAGUUGGCUUCUGAAAUUUUAGUACAAAAUUGGGAGUCAGCCCUGGAGGAUCUAAAUAAGUUACGCGAGUACAUUGAUUCGAGUCCGAAUCAUUUCGGCGGGAAUAGCUUGCAAUUGCUGCAGCAGAGAACAUGGCUGAUACAUUGGUCACUGUUCGUCUUCUUUAAUCACGCAAUGGGACGCGAGUUAAUCAUCGAGAUGUUCUUGUAUCGUCCUCACUAUUUGAACGCGAUACAAACGAUGUGCCCACAUAUUUUAAGGUAUCUCGCGACAGCUGUUAUCAUAAAUCGCGGACGCAGAUCUGCACUGAAAGACUUGGUGAAGGUUAUACAGCAGGAAAGUUAUACGUAUCGUGAUCCGAUCACUGAGUUCUUAGAGCACUUGUACGUCAACUUCGAUUUUGACGGCGCUCGACAAAAGCUGCACGAGUGCCACACAGUUCUAUUUAACGAUUUCUUUUUAAUAUCCUGCCUGGAGGAGUUUGUGGAGAACGCCCGUCUUAUGAUUUUCGAAACUUUCUGUCGCAUUCACCAAUGCAUUAGUAUCGGAAUGCUGGCGGAGAAGUUAAAUAUGAAUCCCGACGAGGCCGAGUGCUGGAUUGUCAAUUUGAUCAGAAAUGCGCGUUUGGAUGCCAAAAUCGAUUCCAAACUUGGUCACGUGGUGAUGGGGGCGCAACCUCUUUCACCCUAUCAACAACUAAUCGAGAAAAUCGAUUCGUUAGCCGUAAGGUCGGAGACGCUUGUGGGAUUAAUAGACAGGAAACUUAAGGCUCGUAAUGAUAUUCGUUGGGGAACUCAAGAGUUUUAGUAUAACAAUCUUUAAUUGUAUUAAAAAUAUAAUUUGUAAAACAA